AUGGGGAGUACAGUGGCAACAGGCGGAGAGGUAGCCUCUACUAUCCGAACUGUCGACCAUGUUGGACCCGCACUACCAGACGACGAUGGCAUUAUGACCGCCAAGAAAGCUGCGAAGGAUAUAAUGUUCGGAAGCAUCGCAGGAAUGGUCGCAGAAGUAUUUGAAUACCCAUUCGAUCUGGCAAAGGUCCGCCUGCAAGCGCAGGUUUUAACCCCAUCUUCCUCGAAUGUCGCGAGAUUUGAAGGGCCCAUGCAUUGUCUAAUGCAGACGUGGAAGGAAGAGGGUGUGCGGGGCCUGUAUCGAGGAUUACCAGCCCCGAUAGUUGGAUCGAUGGCGGAGACGGCGUCUCUAUUUCUUGCCUAUACAGCAUUCCAAAAUGCCAUCCGAUCAUAUUAUUCCACAACCUCGCCAUCAACACCACUUUCAAUACCACAACUUUCUCUAGCAGCUGGCGGAGCGGGAUUCCUCACAAGUUUUGUCCUGACACCUAUAGAACUUAUAAAAUGCAAAAUGCAGGUUCAAAUGCUGAACUUCCAUCCUCCACCCGCCGCUCCUGGUCGAAUACCCAGACGACCCGAUCCAACAUUCGCCACCGCUCUCUCACUAUCUAACGCAUCCCACAAUUCUCACUCAGCGUCCACAUCUGCAACAUGUCCCCAAGCGACAACUACCGGCAGAAAGCCAAUGCACGAUCUCGCGUGCAAAUCCACAUCACUGACAACUCAAACACUGCGGCCACCAGGGCCCAUCGCACUCAUCCGGUCCAUCGUAGACAAGUAUGGCGUCCGUGGACUCUGGCUAGGCCACACCGGGACACUCUUCCGCGAAACAGGCGGCACCGCAUCCUGGUUCGUCGCCAAAGAGUACUUUGCGCGCAAACUCGUCGACUACCGCAUCCGCCAAUCCCCCUACGUCACCGUCGCCGUCGCCACCACCACCCCGGGCGGGAACGCGGGCACCGUGCGUGUGCCGCGUACACACGCCAAUACAGAGCUGUUGGCCUGGGAGUCGGCGCUGUCAGGCGCACUCGCGGGUGCGGUGGGCGCGCUUUUGUUUUACCCCGCCGACACGGUGAAGAGUUAUAUUCAAACUGAGGAAGAGAUGCGUCCUAAGGGCGCAACCCCGAGUACCCCACGGACACAGAGUACAUUUUUAGGGACAUUUAGGAAGAUGUGGGUGAGGCAUGGGCUUAAAGGACUCUAUGCCGGUUGUGGGAUGACGGUUGCGCGAGCGGUCCCCAGUAGUGGUAUUAUUUUUGUGGUGUAUGACGGAUUGACGGCCUAUUUUGCUUAA